AUGGAUCGCACAAGCGCAAAAAGGGCCCUGCGUCAAGCACGGCGUCAGACUCAGCUUAAUGCUAGAUCUUCAGUGGCUUCCGAGGUUCAGUUUCUCAGGCUUCAAGUUUGGCAGUUGGGGUGGGAGAACUAUGAGCUGCACAGGCAACUUGAACAGGUUAAGAGCCUUGCUCUACGACUUGGGCAGACGGUAAAGGAGGUGGGCAGCGGUGACAACGUAGAGCAGCAAGCCGGUCUCCCGCUUGAGCAGCUGCAAACGCCACGGUCUGCAGAAACUCCGCUUGACAUGCCAAAAGCAGCAAACAAUCAUAUCAGAGGGUCUAUUCCCGUCGACAAGACUGCGACAAAUGUGCGCGUGCCAGAGACUUGCGAGUCUUGCGUGCAAACAGCUGCAGAUGUGGAAGCGCAACCCCACCUGGUGACAGAGAUGGAUGAUGUUACUCCACGUGCCACUGACGCGGGGGGUUGCUCCUCAACCGUAACAAGGGACCACGCGGCAGCGUCGCCGCAGCUUGCUCCAGGCACCCGGGUGCGGAUGAUGAGGGAUGUUUGCGGAUGGCUCGACCGUCUUAAUGAGUACUUCGUGGACAGUGGUUGGCAGGGAGUAGUCCUCGAGGCUGCUUUGCCCGAGUGGGACGUUCGCUGGUUCAGGUCAGGCGUGGACUACAUAUAUGUGAAGUUCCGGCACCCUUCAGAUGAACCUCGAGAUGGGUGUUGGUGGGACACGUUGGAUGGACAGUGCUACUACACACCUAGGGGUGUCAAGUUGGCUGUGCGCGCAGCUGACGUAGAGAUCAUGGAGUAG